ACAUCAAUCCCAGAGACCAUAUACAUUGUUGAAGUAUUGUUGAGGUGUUCCACUGAUUCUGCUGUCCCUAAACCAGCCACUGGUCAUAAUAACAGAGAAGAAAUGAGAAUUAUACCUUCAUCACUUAAUUCACUUCACAAGUUGAGCUCUGUCAGGGUUUACCUACCUAAGGAUCUUAGACCCUCUGAUAGUAGAUUCAUGGUUGGAAAAUCUAUAGAUGAAGUGAUAAAGAGAUUCCCUGAUGGUCUUCCAUUGCUGGAUCCAGUAGCUGACAUGAACAUUAAGGAUGAGGAAUUCAAGAAGAUUGUUAAAAAAAUUGAAGCACUUGAGAAGCGACUGGUCACUAGUGUUGCUCAUAAAAAUCCAAACCUUGAGCAAUUGAAUUCAUUAUGUCAGAAAAAGAUUGAGUUAAGUUCUGCAGUAAGAGAGUCCAAGAGAGAACUAAAGAAAGCACAGACGAUAAUGCAGAUGGAUGAACUGAAGUGUAGGAAACGUGUACUUAGAAGAUUAGGGUAUGCUAAUUCUUCAGAUGUGAUUGAAUUAAAAGGAAGAGUAGCAUGUGAAAUAGACUGUGGUGAGGAGUUGUUGCUCACUGAGAUGAUAUUCAAUGGAGCCUUCAAUGACCUUUCAGUGGAACAGUGUGUGGCUUUGCUCUCAUGUUUUGUAUUCCAGGAAAAGGUAAUAUUACCUAUACGUAGCCAACUUUGUUAAAAACAUCUUUGUGGUUAUUUUGAUCUAUGUCCACUCUGUUACUGAUGAGGGAUAUCAAGGUAACCAUAGAAUUGCCAUAAGAUCAAAUUAAGUAGCCACAAAGUUGGAUGGAUUCCUA